AUAGUCCAUCCACGGUAACCUCCUACUUUUUUAAACGAACCUUUGAAAAAACACACCAGGAUGCAGCAUGUUUGGUUCGUUUGCAAAAAUACUUUCCAUCAUAUGCAUAUUAAACAUGCAUUAACACUAAAUUACCGUAUAAUGAUGUUAAAUAAAAUUUUACAAAAAAAGUAACUAUCUAUGUACAAUAUUAUUAAUAUUAAUGAUCUCGCAUGUGUGUAAAUGAAACAGUGAGAGAAGUGGUGUGUUGGCAAUGAUUAGAACGAAAUAGUUCCAUAGCCAAAAUAUAUAUUUUUUGACUUUCCGCGUGUAUUUAAGAAUUUGUUUGGGUAUUUGUUAAGUUUGAACAUUUUUUUAAAUCUCUGGUGAAAUAAAAACGUUAUGUUAACGGUAAAAAAAUAUUACGUGCCGAAACCGUGGUCGCGCAUUAAUAAUGUUAAUAGUCACUUGUUUGUUUUCUCUUUCAGCCGUUUGUCUGCAGUUACGCCAUAUUGCAGUGUGUUUUAAUAUAUUACUGACCGUGAAAUAACGUACAGUUUGUGUUUCAGGAUUUUGUGUUAAUAUUGUGUAUUUUAACUUUGUUAUAUUAUUUAUUAUCUACUAUUGUAAUGAUGGAAUUUGUUAUCGUUUUGAUAUUUUGUGUGGUUCUUGUGAUUGCUGUAAUGGUAAUUGGUUCCGGGAUGGGGAAAGCUACUUCUUCGCAGCGUCAGAUGGACAUCAUUAACGUCGCUCAGAACUUAUAUGUUUUAAUUAGGAAAGGCGACUUGAAGAAAUGUGACGUUACGCAGACGACCGCGUUUCUUCUCAACAUCGCAAAGUCAACUGUUCUCAAGUAAGUAGGCUUUUUUCGUUUUCAUGCACGUAAAAAAAAUAUCGACUGUGUCCUAAGUAUUGUCGGCCUGUGUUUUAACUCACGAGGUUUUUUGUGUUUUAUUUCCAAUUUAUAAUUUUUGGUGUGAGACAACACCGCCAUGUGGCGUCUCUGUUGAAAAGUUAACCUAAAAUCAUAUUAGGCCUACUCAGGUCCUAACAAUAACAAUAUAGGCACUUUCAAGUAUUUAUAUGGGUGUGAUACACGUUUGUUUAUAACGAUGUUUAUAAACUUUAUGAUAGGUUUACCUAUAACAUAAGGGAGUGAUUUUAUAAUUUGCAUUUAAUUAGUUUUUCAUCUGUUUGGGAGAUCACAAAAUAAAUAAAAAAACACUUCAUUAAUUUCGUGGACAAAGUCUGUCAUGUUUCCAUUUAGUGACCACAAAGCAAAUAUUUGUGACAAAAUGCCAUAUUUGGAACACUGCCUAACUGCGUAUUGUGAACGGGUCCCCGGAAAAGUGUUAUGACAAAUGUUUUUUUUUUUUGGUUAGGUACUACAAGAAAGACAUUGAAGAAGUUUCAACACCAGGAAAAAAGAAAAAAAAGGCCACAGGAAGGAAAGUCACUUGACACAGUCGACGAUUUCACAGUAAAUGCAAUCAGGAAUGCAAUUUACAGGAUGUACGCUGAAGGUUUGAAUGUUACAGUCGACACCAUUUUGAAAGAAAUCAGGGAAAGACAAAUAGAUUAUUAUGGUGGAAGAUCAAGUCUUCAUAAAUUGUUAAAGAAGAUGGGAUUUUCAUGGACAACUGUUGAUGGACGAAAAGCUUUGAUAGAGAAUGAAAACAUAGUAUUGCAGCGAAUAGAUUUCUUGAGAAAGUAUAAAGAAGAAAAAGAAAGAGGUGCCAAUUUCAUAUUUGUUGAUGAAACAUGGAUUUUCCAGAGAGGCAAGGCAUUAAUUUAUUUGAAAAUUUGUUCUGUGGUCCAAUACAAAGUAUUUCAUUUCCAUUUCAUAUAUUUUUCAGGAACUGUAUCAAAGUCAUGGCAGGACAAGAGUCUACAAUCUGCGAAGAGACGUACUGUUGGAGAUGGUAAAAGGUUUAUUGUUGUUAAUGCUGGAGGGCGCACUGGCUUUGUGCUAGGAGCAGGAUUACAUUUUGUUUCAGGUCAGAAGACUGCAGACUACCAUGGCGAGAUGAAUGGGGAAACUUUCUUGAUGUGGUUUGAAGACAUGUUGGUGCAUCUUGAGGAACCCAGUGUCAUCAUAAUGGACAAUGCUUCAUAUCACAGCACCCAGGUUGAGAAAACACCUACAACGAACUGGACCAAGGAUGCACUGAUCGCGUGGCUGGAGAAGAAUGAGAUAAAACAUGAAAAUAAUUUGUUGAAAGUGGAGCUGCUGAGAAUAGCUAAACAAAACAAGCCCCCAAUACGGUAUAUUAUUUCGUUUUUUUUACAGCAUUUCUUUAAAAGUGAGAUAGUUGCAAAAAAUUACGUAUACGCCUUGUUCUAACACACUUUUCAGAUAUGAGGUAGACGAGUUGGCUCGUAACUAUGGCCACGAAAUUCUACGACUCCCACCCUAUCACUGCCACUAUAAUGCAAUCGAACUAGUUUGGGCUCAAUGUAAACACCAUUACAAUAGUAACGUGGGGCGGGCCAAGAGAUUUGACAAUGAUGCAGUUGCAGCCAUCUGGAAAGAGGCUGUUGAUGCUUCCACACCAGAGAGGUAUUUUCAUGUUGCAUGACCAAUGGGGUAUUCCUUUUGAAGUAGAAAUUGUUUUAUUUUCCUGUAGAACAUUCCUCAAGCUUCAGCAAAACCCUUACCAUACAUUUUUACAUAAUACGUAAGUAUUGUUGCCUAGCAGCCUGGUCCUACCAUUCCUUUUGAUAACUUUGUGUGCUAGUGUGUGUAUAGUGUGAUUAUCAUUUUGUGUAUAUUCAUAUACCAGUAAUACAGUUUUAAAACAAUUGGUAAAAAUAAGUGGUUUGAAUUUGUGUAGUUGUCGUUUUGAAAAUGUGUUGCAUGUAUGUGUUUGUGUUCGUGUUUGUGUUUGUGUUUGUAAUUUUAUUCCCAUGUGAUUCAUACAUAUCUGUGUAGUUUCUAGAUCUAACAGUGGUGACUUAUUUGCAAGGUUUUUUUUUUUUUUUGUAAUUGCAGUCCAUUUGCAAUUGUUUCAUUUCCAUAAAUAGUUUUGUAUUUAUUAGUAAUUGUGAUAUUACUUUCUGUUAUGCUUAAUCUUGUGUCAAUGACUUUAAAGUUAUGGUGGGUUCAGUGCUGUAGGCAGAUUUCAAUAUUCAGAUAAAAUUUCAACGUAGAGAAUUUUAAAUAUUUUCAUCUAGCGAACUUGAAUAGGUAUUUACACAUGUAGUUCUUGCACAUUAGUAUUUUCAAAA